UCCGAACCAGCAAACUCAAAACUAUAAUUUUGCUGCAAAAUUUGCAUACGUGAUCAGAGAAAAUGGCCUUCAGAAUGGGAAGCUUGAGAUCAAUGGUGGGACAACUGAGAGGAGGAAGACGAUCAAUUGCCACGUCGACAACCCCAAAAAUGAAACCUGCCACGUUGGACGCAGAACAUGCUCAUCAUGCAAACAUUCAUGGUGCUUCCAAUUCCAGCCACAAGAUUGGGGAGUGGGCACCAGUUCAGAUAGUAUUUGGGAUGGUGAGUGUGGCUGUGAUGUUAGCAGCACACACUGCAUAUCAGCAACUUGUGAGGUCUCCAAGUGUUCAUGUGAACAAGAAGAGAAGAGAAUCCAUGCCCGAGGUGGAUGAACCUGACCUCACCAUUGAUUCUGCUGACAAGUUCAUUAAUCGUUCCAUGCUUCGAAAAGUUGCUCACAUCCAAGAAAACAAAAACACCCUCUCCGAUCCAGUCCACCCCAACCCUUUCACUCAUCCUCGAACUGCAGAGACAUUGAAGACUGCUGGAGUUGAGCCUGGAACACAUUGAUUACUUUCUUCAUUGUUCCUUGUUCAGUGGCAUAUUGACUCCUAAGCUGGAAGUUUUAAUCUUCAAAUUUUAAUUAUUUUUUAAUAUUAGUAAUACAUCAAUGAGUGCCAAUUUUGUAUAUAUAAUGUUUUUAUAUUUUGAAUUUUUCAUAUGGCUUAUGUAAGCCCGCCUACAGAUAAUAUUGUCGAGGACGAAGAAGGGAGAGGCUAGUGUAUUUCUAUUUUUUCUUUCUCUCUCAUAG